AUGUCUUCUUCCUCCAAUGAACUCAUCCUCACUAGCUCCCCUGACGGGCCAAUCAUGGUCUACGAGACUGUUAGCCGCACCGCCGUGACACGGUUCUCCAGCAGCCGAUCUCCGUGUCGCGGCCUGACCAUGGUGGGCCGGAGAUUGUUAGCAGCCUCACACGUAUCAUCAGACACGGGUGCAGGCUCCAUGAACAUCUACAAUUGGCACGGUUCUUCUGUGUUUCGUAACUUCCCCGUGCCAGAACCCAUUGCCCCUCUCAUUGCAACACCCGAUGGAGCAUUUCUCUUCGGUGGUGGCAUCUCAGGGAGUGUUAUAUCUCUUUCAGGUUCUUCUGGGGAUGUCAUCAGAUCAACUGUUGUUCACUCAAGUCCAGUUUCCAGUCUUCAUCUGAGCGACGAUGGGUCACUUGUUAUCUCAGGCAGUGAAGAUGGAACAGUUGUUGUUGUCCCUAGCUUCAAGAUCGUUGCCGAGGGUUCCUUGGAGGAGAAUGUGGAAGACUUGAUCUUGCACAAAUGGAAGGCGCAUUCUGAUUCCGUGACUGCUUUCAAGUCUGUGAUGGGUACUUUGGUUUCUUGCUCAUUAGACCGAACAUGCAAGUUUUGGAAUCUGGAAAACUGUGGGGUCCUUAUGCAGACUGUGACAUUACCUUGUUCCGUUUCUGGGGUUGCCGUAGAUUCAUCGGGGUCAACGUUUUACGCUGGUGGUGCAGAUGGGUUUGUUUAUAAGGUUGAAAAUAGAAAAGUAGUGGGUGAUAAGGGUUGUAAGGUGAGAAAAUGGGGUCAAAAGCAUAGUGGGGGGAUUGUGUCAUUGGCUUUGGUGAAGGAAGAGAGGAAUGUGGUGUCUGCUGCAGAAGAUGGGAGUGUGUGGAUGUGGGAUGUUGAGAAAGGAGAAGUUGUGAUGGUUUUUGGGGAUGAAUUGAUAACUAUCAGUGACAUGAUUGUGAUAAAGGGAAAUGGUGGUGGGUUUGGAGUUGGAAAGGGAAAUGAUGUUGCAGUUGGUGAAGAGAAUGGGUCCUUCACUUCUUCUAGGUUAUGUGAUGAAGAGAUUCUUAGGACAAUGAAUCAAAUGAAAGCCCUUGAAGAGGUCAAGGAUGUUGUAUUACAAGACAGGAAAAAGGCCAUUGAAAUGUUGGAAUCUGUGAUUGAAAUGUAUGAGAGACUUUUGAAGCUUAUCCUUAAGGAAGCUACAAAAGCCAUUGAAGAAGAAAAAGAAGAAAUGGAUGAAGAAGACAAAGAUGAUAAACAUGAAGAAGAACACGAGAAAGAUGAUAAACAUGAAGAAGAACAUGAGAAAGAUGAUAAGAAGGAAGGGAACUAG